GGCAGAAUUCUUCACUUUCAGUUUUGAAGAGAUAAGAAAAUGUCUUCUCAAAACCACACUCUAGUGACGGAAUUCAUUCUCUUGGGACUCACAGAGGAUCCAGUGCUAGAAAAGAUCCUGUUUGGGGUGUUUCUGGUGAUCUACCUAAUCACACUGGCAGGGAAUCUGUGCAUGAUCACGCUGAUCAGGACCAAUUCCCACCUCCAAGCGCCCAUGUAUUUCUUCCUUAGCCACCUCUCCUUUGUAGACAUUUGUUAUUCCUCCAACAUUACUCCAAAUAUGCUGCAUAAUUUCCUCUCAGACCAGAAGACCAUCACCUAUGCUGGAUGCUUCACGCAAUGUCUUCUCUUCAUUGCCCUGGGCAUCACUGAGUUUUAUCUCCUUGCUUCCAUGGCACUGGAUCGCUAUGUAGCCAUUCGCAGCCCUUUACAUUAUAGCACCAGGAUGUCCAGGGACAUUUGUAUCUCUCUAGUCAUGGCCCCUUAUACUUUUGGCUUCCUCAAUGGACUCUCUCAGACACUGUUGACUUUUCAUUUGUCCUUCUGUGGCUCCCUUGAAAUCAAUCAUUUCUACUGUGCUGACCCUCCUCUUUUAAUGUUGGCCUGCUCUGACACCUAUAUCAAGAAGAUGGCAAUGUUUGUAGUUGCUGGUUUUACUCUCUUAAGCUCCCUCUUCAUCAUUCUCCUGUCCUACCUUUUCAUUAUUGCAGCCGUCUUGAGGAUCCGUUCUGCUGAAGGCAAGUACAAAGCCUUUUCUACUUGUGGUUCCCACCUGACAACAGUCACCAUAUUUUAUGGAACCCUCUUGUGCAUGUACUUAAGGCCCCCAUCUGAGAAGUCUGUAGAGGAGUCCAAAAUAAUUGCAGUCUUCUAUACUUUUUUGAGCCCAAUGCUGAACCCGUUGAUCUACAGUCUGAGAAAUAAGGAUAUCAUCCAUGCCAUGCAGCAAAUGAUUAAGGGAAAUAUCCUUCAUAAAAUUGCAGUUUAG